UGUGUGUUAAAAGUUAAAGCUUGAGAAACAUGGAUUAUUCCAGCCGAGGGCGUAGUCAGGGUCAGGGUUUGGGUCGGGGCCAAAGCCGACUUCCAAUUGAACUGUUGCAAACUGCAGAGAAGGAAGCUCAACGAAUCGUGAAUGCUGCCCGUAAUGAAAAAGUGGAGUGGAUUAAACAGGCCAGAGAAGAGGCUGAGAAGGAGGUUGCUGAGUUCCGUGCACAAAUGGAAGCAGAGUUUCAGAGAAAACUUGCAGAGGCCAGUGGAGAUUUGGGUGCCAAUGUGGAGCGUCUCGAGGAGGAAGCCAAUGCAAAGAUUGAACAAUUGAAGGUGGAUGCUGCCAGAAUUACACCCGAGGUUGUUGACAUGCUUUUGAAGCAUGUAACAACUGUAAAGUAUUAAAUUUUCGCAUCUUAAAGAGUCGAGAAAAAUGUCAUUGUUUGCACAUUCUGGGUAGAUUUACAGAAAUAGGAUUGUAGAUGAUUUCAUGGAUUUAAGUCCAUAUUUUCCAAACAAGAUUUUGCAUAUGGAAAAUGGUAUUCUUUUGAACAUAU